AGACGAGGCGGCUGCUAUUGGCUGGCGCCUCCGGCUGGGGCUAUAAAGCCGGGCUAGAGAACAGUGCACUUAACAGUGUUGACCAGACUCAGGCGGUGUCGCCCGCGAAGCGGAAAGGGCAGGAUCUCGGCGGCGGCGAGUGACACCAUGGAGAACGAGUUCACGUAUGAAGAUUACCAGAGCACCGCUGAGUGGCUUCUGUCUCACACUGUGCACCGACCUCAAGUGGCAGUGAUCUGUGGUUCUGGGUUAGGAGGUCUCACUAAUAAGUUGUCUCAGCCUCAGAUCUUUGACUACAGUGAGAUACCCAACUUUCCCCGAAGUACAGUGCAAGGUCAUGCUGGUCGGCUGGUGUUUGGAUUCCUGAACGGCAGAUCCUGUGUGAUGAUGCAGGGCAGGUUCCACAUGUAUGAAGGGUACCCACUGUCAAAGGUAACAUUCCCAGUGAGGGUUUUCCAUCUUCUGGGUGUGAAGACUUUGGUGGUCACCAAUGCAGCUGGAGGGCUCAACCCCAAAUUUGAAGUUGGAGAUAUCAUGCUGAUCCGUGAUCACAUUAACCUACCUGGUUUCUGUGGUCAAAACCCUCUCCGAGGCCCCAAUGAUGAAAGGUUUGGAGUUCGUUUCCCUGCCAUGUCCGAUGCUUAUGACCGCAAUAUGAGGCAGAAGGCUUUCACUGCCUGGAAACAAAUGGGGGAGCAACGAGAACUACAAGAAGGCACCUAUGUGAUGUUGGGAGGUCCCAACUUUGAGACUGUGGCAGAGAGUCGUCUACUGAGGAUGCUGGGAGCAGAUGCUGUUGGCAUGAGCACAGUUCCUGAAGUCAUCGUUGCACGGCACUGUGGGCUUCGUGUCUUUGGUUUCUCGCUCAUUACUAACAAGGUUGUCAUGGAUUAUGAGAACCUGGAGAAGGCCAAUCACAAGGAAGUCCUAGAAGCCGGGAAAGCAGCCGCGCAGAAACUGGAAACCUUUGUCUCCAUUCUCAUGGAGAGCAUCUCACUCCCUGAGCAUGCCAGCUGACCGACCUUGGCGAGCUCUGCUGCUUCCCUGCUGGGAUCCAAGUGGUUUUGGACCCUUGCUGGGGUCACUAGUCUCUGCUCUUAGGUUGCAGCAGAAUGGAAAGAGAAGGAUUCCUACCUUUCACCGUCCCUAUGUUCUUCCACCGUUCUGAUGCCUGGCUCUUCUCACUAAGCUGCCUUCUCAGAACAGUUUAACUUUCAUUCCUCUGUAAGAGCUGGAGCCAUGCCCCACCACACUUGGGAUAUAUGCCUUCAAACUGUACCUACUAGAUCUGGGAGUUGAAGCAGUUCUUCUGGCUCAAUCUGGUUCCCCUAAAGCACUGGAGACCAAAGAUCAACCCAAUAGCUCUUUAAUUUAGUACCGAUUUAAUUUAGUACCGUAAUGUUUUGAGAAUAAAGAAAUCAAACACUU